AGGUUGAGCUCUGGCAUGCCCCCAGCGUUGCGCCGGUCGUCCUCCUCCCCAUCAGUUCGCUCGUCUGCUGCCCCGUACCCAAAUAUUGGAAUGCUGCCCCCUGGUUCACGCAGCAACGGUCACCGUCGCUCAACUGGCUCAGAAACCAGUAUCAGACGAGUUCUGCAAGACAUCGAAUGGUGGAGAGUAACCGAUGGACAGUUCACUCACGAGGAGGACUCGGAGGAACAAGACCAGCCAACAGACGGUGCUGGCUCACCGCUCGAGUUGGCGCCCGUCGCAGAAAUGGCAGCUCUGUCCAUCUCGCCCAGCCGACAUGGCCAGGAAUCGUCGACUUCAUCAGUGGAGUCGACACCUGACCAGGCCCAGCCAUCGGCUUUGUUCCAGCCCGACACGCCUCCACCGGCGCUUAGACGGACUCGCAGUGAUACAUCUCCAGUGAUGUUGUCAAUGCUCUCCAUAGACGACCUCGAGCACCAAUAUGCCGACUUUGCGACAUCACCACUAUCCUCUCCUCUCCUCUUCUCCCAUUAA